GAUUUCAGUGUCUGUUGGAAGCAUGAUUAAGCCUGUAUCCAAUUGUCCUACUGAGACUGCUUAUUUGAGCCACACUAUUUCACCAUAAAAUUUUAGAGGCACUUCCCUUUCUCACCUGGCUAUGUCCUAGUCCCCCUCGCCUCUCUGUCCUUUUAAAGGACUUUCAUUCUGUGUAUAGAGAUCUAACUAAUUGGUAGACUUGCUGAGAGUUGAUGGGGGAAAACUUUGCUUCUUAAAUAAAGACACAGCAUGAAGCUUAAUGAGAAAACGAGGAUACUGUGAGGCACUGAUUGGUUCAUUCUUCAGAGUUGCAAAUAAAGAUGCCUCUCGAGUUUAGACUAGGCAUAGAAAGGUUAGUAGCAAUCUGGCUGCUUCAUGAACUUGAAUUGGUGAUACACAAAAAUUUGGGUUUGAUUUGGUGGAUGAAAAUGAAACAGUCAUUUUCUCCUUUCCCUUUGGUCUUUGUAAUCUGCUUUUGCAUGGGACAAUUCACUUCAGGAUUUCCUCAGACUUUUGCCAGCUAUCUGGAUGAAUCAAACGUUCCUAAAAAUGAGAGGCUGGCACUAUGUUUCAGUCAGUGGACAGAACUCUUUGAACAAUCUCAGAUUUCCAGUGCAUUUUUGGAUUUUUGUAACUCCAUCUUUGACAGCCUGCAGAUAGAUGAGGAAAAUAAUCAGGAAUUGUAUAAAAGAUUUUUAUUUCACUACUCUAGAGCUCAAGACCCAACAUAUCCACUUAAAACUGGGUCAUUCCCUCUACAUCCUUUAAUGAGCCUUGCUCCAAAGCUCUCGGACAGAAGAAAGAAAAGAUUCCUUAAUCCGGAAUUGCAGUUUGCUGCAGCAGAAUUCAUGAAAAAGGAUGGUUUGGAUGAUUUAGGACGAUCCUUUUUUCUUUUCAGGGUAUUAAUUUUUCUGUUUCCUUCCUCGAAAUGGAAGAACUGUUGAUAUAGAAGACAAAUAGGCUACUAGAAGAUUUCUACAGAAGAUAUAUCCAAGUUUGGCUGACUUGCUCCAUUACUUUCUAUUAUGAAAACAGAUGUAUGUCUAUGAAUAUUAAGAGAGAUUGUUCUGUAUCAUGUGAAGUCACAUACAAUAAAAUUGCAGCUAUUUA